AGUGAGAUACUUUCUAAGCAAAAGCUUUCUUUGCAUGAUUCUUUUUCAAGUUAAAUGCCUCGAUCAUAACUUUUCUUGGCAUUCAAACGUUUCUAGAAUCAAUUGUAUGGAAAGAACGCUGUUUUUCUGUGUUUGUGUCUUACUUAGACUUCUUGUGGAACGAUAGAUCUUCUUGCGGAUUGUCAUUGAUUGAAACUCGACUGGUUUAUAGUGUGUUUCUUUUUUUCUAUUCGCAUUAAUUGCUGCUCGCAUAGUUAUCUUGUUUCUCGCCCGUCUUUGUGUUUGAUUCGUCUUUUUUUAGAUCUACUCGAAGGUUUUACUCCAUUUGUUCUAGUACCCUUGUUCUACACUAUUGUUAUCGAUCCUGCUCGUAAGCAGGUAUAGGAUCCCGACCCCAUAUUUUAUUGUCAUUGCUGCUCUUGAAGCAGUACUAGUUUUCUUCUGGUAGAAUCCUUUUAUGGUUUUUCCGUCUACUCGUCACCAUUGAAGAGAUAGAACAAAUUUCAAAAGUUAUGUGAAUGAAUGUAACGCUCCAGAAGUUAGACUGUUGUUCACUACUCAGAAUUAUUGUUAUUCAUUACUCAGAAAGUAGAAAAAGUAGAAACUAAUACUUCAAUACUUCCAUUAUACGAAUUUCACCAUCAGCACCAUCAAAACCCACAUAGGCUGACACAACUCGCGCAGCUACCCACCUCCAGCUAUCGAGGGUUGGGUGCGUAGUGUACUAGUUGUUUGUAGUACAAUAAUAAAAUAUUUGCUGUGGUACUUACAACUAGAUGUAGAUUGAUUCUUGUCUUAUCGGUCUAUUCGAAAGUCAAAGUUCUUUAUCUUUCACUUUUACUCACACUCACAUAUUUUCAUCAUCAUAUUUUCAUCAUCAUCAUUUUACUCGAACAAACAAAAGAUGAGUUUUUUUGCUGCACUUGGAGGACCUGGACCUUCAAGUGGAACGGGUGGUCCAUUGCGAAGAGGAGCAUGGGGAAGUUUUUUAUUGAAGAAAACCCUGGGGAAUUCGUUUUGCUUGUUCUUAUUCGCUUUGAAACCCUUGAUGGCAGCAAGACCUGGAAAAGAACGCAUCAUCGUCUCACUCGACGACCUUCCUUCUACUAGGUCCACUAUAACCGAUGUGCCUUGGGAACAGGACAGUGGAAUCGAAGCAGUGCCAUCCUCUUCUCCUUCACCGUUGAUGAGUGAAGUAUCGUCGCCUCCCAGUCCUGGUGCUGAUGGCUAUUAUGCUGAAGAUUCAGCUGCAGGACAACAAGUCCCUCUUUCUGCUACAGGACAACAUCAAGUACCUUCUUGUGUCUCACAUCAACAAGCUUUUCACCAACGAGCAGAAGCUCCUUGUUGGGCCAACCAGGGAACAAGGAUGUCCCUAGAUGAUGCAUACGAAGGUGCAUACGAAGCUGCUGGUCGUUCAUCUGAACCAAGUAACUACAAACAACGAGGAGAACAAGCGAACGAUGCUCCGGCUCCGAGAUUUCCUUCGAGUUUCUUCCCCGGUGGAGUACGAACACACUGGAAUCUUCAUGACCGGCGAAAAGGCCUUUCCGAAUCGGUGGGGAACGAAAUGUAUUUUCAAGUUUUUGACGAAAUGCCAGAUUUUAGCUCCGUUGAGAAGCGUCUCGCAGAGCGAGCCGCAACGAGGAGAAGCAGUCGUGUCGCCUUUCCUGCUUUAAGUGUUGUAGAUGAGAAGACUAGAAACAAAAAUCCUGUGUUUUCUGCAGCUGUAGCCUUGGAGACUGGAGGUGCCUUGGAGACUGGAGGUGGGUACUAUCCAUCUUCCCCUAAACAAGAACGUAAACAAGAACAGGUUCGUGAGGGCAGAGGCGAGACGGGGUACUAUUCGUCUGCUGAAGAUCAGGUUCGCGAGGGCAGCAGAGACUGGAGUGGCUCUCCUCCUGACUGGCAAGAGUAUUUUUAUUCUAGAGGGGGGGGCCAUGAAGAACAGAGGCCCGCUGGCUUUGCCAUUGCACCACAAGAGCCAGAACAACAGACACACCGUUCGCAAAGUUCCGUCUCACGACCUAAAAGCUUAGGCUUUCUACGAGCAGCUGAUCCACGACUUAGAAAUAAAUCCAUCGACUUACAAGAUGCCCUAUUUGUAGAGGAUUAUACUUUUGAGGGCGAUGAUCGUAAAAAUGGAGAAGCCACCGGUACACAAGAUUGCGAUUCCAAGGUAGAUGGUCGCUAUGAUGCCAAGACCCAUCCUUCGUGGUAUCGCUACUUUGCGCAAGGCGCACUGCAGAAAAAAAUGGUAGAGGUUGCCCAAGAGCUCGAAGAAGAAGGCCAGAAACCUGCUCAAGGAAGAGCUAUCUCUUCGAGUUGCUCUCCUGACUACCCCGGUGCGGCCCAGGCGUCGAAAGGUCAACGUUCUAGGGACCAUCCUGCCUCUCCUCCUCCUGGGGAUAGUAGUGAAGACGCUUUUCCUGAGGAUAGCGGGACAUCUUCAGAUAUACUUCUUCAUCGUGCUGCUGCUGCAGAAGCCUCCAUCGUGCAUGCUAGUGUUGUCCCAGAGGACCAAGUGCAGCACGGUAAUAAAACAACACCUUGCUUUUCUUCAGAUGUCAGAAUGAAUUGGGGCGGUAGCUGCAGCGGCUCUGAAGAUAAUAGCGGUUCUCUUUCUAGCGACUCCGAUUCAUCUUCAGAGUCGACAACUAAUACGCGACCAGAGGGCAUGGCCAAGUUGACCAAGGCGCAAGAAGACGAGAGGCAGCAGAUCAUACGGGUGAAGCAGAGACUAGCACAUGAUGGGCUUCAACCAGUGGUGAAUUCCCGGGAAGCAACCACCGCACAUGAUAUGCUUCAACCUGGGAAGCAACCAUCGCACAACAUCAACGAUUCAGUUCGUGAUAUGUUUAACGGUAAUAAAAGGCGCCAAAUGGACGCCGCAGUCGAUGAAAAGCUUCUUGCACCAGCAAGACGAAGAGAAGAAGGAGAAAGGCCAGAGGGGUGUGACGACAAAGGAGACUAUGCUCAAGAUGCUGAAGCUUGGAGGGCUAGUGUCCUCACUAGGAAAACGAGCAGAGGACCGGUCGGACCUCAAGCUUCAAAGGCCACGACCCCUCAAGCUACAAAGACAUUUCCAGUCCUCUGCACACAGGAGAUUAAUCAAAGAAAGGCUACAACUACAGACUUUGAGGAUCCAAGAACCGGUUGUAAGUUUCCCUACAGUUUUGGUGAUCCUUGGAGGUCCGUCCUUACCCGUACAUGCAUGCCAGAACUACGUACAGGACAAGUCCAAUCAGGAGUCGAUGAUUAUAAUGAAGUCCAACGACCCGGUUCUAAACAACUCAGAAGUAUCUAGGAAAACGAUUCAGAAGAAAGAGGACCUAAGAAUCUACAACAGCGUAAAAAACCACGACUCGACAGAACUAAACGUGGUUCGGGGAUCGUUCGUAAUCUCUAUUCGCAAUAUAGGCACUAAAAUAUUUUAAAUUACUCAUAUUCAUCGCAAGAUUCAACUACAUUAUCUAUGAACCUGCACAGAAGCACUCGUUUUAGGACAAGAAUAAGGAGAAUUUGUACCAUCGUGCAGUCACUGAUAAAUUGCGACAGCAGACAAGAACUGUGGUUGCUUGUAAGAGUGAAUAUACCGGUGUCCUAGCUCUCCUAAGGUGGUACUAUGGUACUGGAAGGCCUCAUAAGUAGACAGCAAUAGCUACAAACGAGGUACCAUGACAUGAUAAAAGCGGUCGGCCGCAGGUGAGCUCCUGGUUUUUUGGGUCAUCUACGUAUGUUGUUGCCUUUACUGCUCCCCCCAGUGGUAUAGCAAAAGCCGUAUUAGAGUCGUUCCAGAUCUUUCUUCUCUGAAUUAUGAUAGGAAAUUGUUAAAGCUGAACCACUAAGUACGUCUUCAUCGUGUCGUGAGGAAGAUUCAUGAGUAGCUUUUUUUCUAAUUUCACUUUUGUGGAAUAUACCUCGACUCAGGGCGAAUGCUUUGAGUAUUAAGACGCAAAGAGGAUCCCAACGAGUGACGCUUUGCGGCCUUAACCAACCCAAACCCCCCUAAGGUUUACCUGUGGGGUUGGCUUAGGGCUUAGGCAGGCCCAGCAAGUACUUGUUUUCUUUUUCGCUAAGACUUAAAAAUCUGAAUUGUCUAUUCAACCUGAAUAUCGGACAACCUUUUUUCGUGUUAUCUUGGCUGGUGGUGUUGUUGGUGUUGCAAAAAUUUACCUAUGUAUAGAAAAAACUCACUGCACCACCUCACGCUAGGCACAUUCAUUCAUUCAUUCAGAAUCGUUCAUAUGAAAAGUAUUUGAUUUUUCUACCGUGGUCAUUUCUUGCUUGAACAUUAAGAGAUGUGCAUUUAUUGAAGAGCAGAUACCACCUUUCAUCACAUUAUUAAAGCCUAGUCCCUCUUUGUUACUUUAGGUGUAUCCCUUCAUGCAAAAAAUCAUUAUUGAAAUCUAGUCUUUUUUCUAGUUAGGUCGGCACCACCACAAUUAUUGAAAUCUAGUCCUUAAGAUUGAAAAAAGAAAAGGAGACCCAAGCUGAAUUGAAUUGCCCGCACCAUUGUAGAAGAAUGUACCGGUAAAAAAGUUAUUCACUAGGUGGUCUAAAUCAUUCCUACAAGAACAAAUAGGAGUGCAUGUAAAGGGAGCCACCGGCCAGCGAGCCCUCGGUGGGGCUCUACUAUAACUUCUGAGCAGGGAUACAAAAAAAAGCAGGGUUAAGGCGGGAACCCUCUAAAUCUAAAUCUAGCAUGAUCCACUGUGGUCUUAAAAAACCUAGCAUGAUCCAACUAGCUCGAUCCACUGUGGUCGAAGCAUUUAUCGAAAGCAAUUGAUCGAAAGUUGAGGAUGUAGGAAAUAAUGUUGCUAUCAAUCGUAUUGGUGGCAGCGUGAUGAACGCAAUUGAUCGAAAGUCGUGCUCGUGUCAGCCGUGUUCGUCUUGUCUUCCUUUUAAUGAGAUGGCGUAGCAUCGCCCUCAUUUAUGGAAAUCUCUGAGUCGUGGAAGUCCGCGAACGUAAGCGCCAGUCUUGUCAUUCGGGUUCCUCAAAAACAGUCUUCGCGCUGUAGAAGUACUCAGAACUGAAUGAAUGAACUGAACUCGUGAGUACAAUAACUACUACUAGAAGCACAGAUGCUAUUAGUACACAGUACAAGCACAAGAACAACUACAAGCCCAAGUAGUAGUACUGGUCGUGUCUUACAAGAACUACUGCAGAAAAUACGUACAAAACAGACAGCUACAAGAACAGGCGUUUCUUCUAGUACGGCAGGUGAGUGGGUGAAUCGAAUGCGUGAAUUGCUCGGGGGAUCAUGUUGUCAGCAGGCCCAAGAGACGCUUCUCGCCUUUUUUUGAAAGGCAUUGUUGUGAGUGGUUACAAUUGAAUUGGUUAUAGUGCUCGUUCUGCCAAGUCACUUGGCUAAAUAGGGUGGUCCUUCUACCAAGUCACUUGGCUAAAUGAAAUUCAGGCACAUCAUCAUCAUCAUCAUCAUCAUCACCAUCAUUAUCGUCAUCAGCUUGUAAAAUUUAAGAAGCUAGAAGAAGGAGGUCGUGAAACAAGUGCUUCUAGUACAACUCCUCCAACUAUCCAUAUGCAUUCGCUGUUCUUCGUCUAGAAGUUGAAGUUGGAACAAUACAUCGCUGGUCUUCGUCUUUAAAAGCGUUUUGUACUAGCCUGUUAGAUUUUUCAACGUUGCGUCUUGUGUCUUCUUUUCUGGGGGCGCAGAGCUUCGCAGAGUCUCGGAGCUGGUAUGCUAGCCAGUGUUUUUAGACUUCAUGGAAUGGGUUCGCAGCCGUUUCAUCCUUGGUGUUAUAAAUAUAGCUUAAGAUUCUUCGUCUACUACUCUUCGACGUGUCUAGACAGAAGUGACGCGGUGCACUUCACAUUGCUGCCGACUCAACAAGCUUCUUUCAAGACUUCUGUGUAAUAUGUCGGUUCUUAAGCUUGAUAUAAAUUGUCAGGGAAAUCUUGGGCACGCUGCCGAAUGAGUUCCGAGUGAUCAGGGGGUGACUAAGUUGGGUCACAUGAUAGGGAAGAUGCACAUGCUGCCAGAUACCCAUAGCCCAUCUUCCCCCGUGCAUCACAGUUUUAAUUACCCCUCGACUGGGUAAACUACUACUACUACUAGGAGGAUCAAAGUAGACUAAAAGUGGUAUCAAGGUGUAUGCUCACUAUUUUGCUGAAGUACAUUGACCGCGCUUUCAUGCUUUCGGAGGCCUCCUUAUAUCGACGUUGUCUUUUGUUGUUUAGGAUUACGCGAGAGCCCCGCAAAUACCAUCAGUUUAUGAUUGCGCGAUAUUUAGUUCCGUUAUUGACGGAUCUCGGGAUUCAGAUCGUAGCGUGAAGAAUUUUCGAGUGUCUUCAUCAACUUGCUAAUUUACUUCAUUCUUCUAUACCCCAUGAAUGGGUACACUAGUACUCCUACUUCAUCAUAUUCAGUCGUCAAGAGAAAUACAGUUGUGCAGUGAAUGACUAGAUAUGUAGUCGACGUCUAUCAAUAUCAUCGAUGGGUCAAACUUCUUGGAUAUCUCUGAGAAUAUUCCUGGGGUUCCGUGAACCUAACAACACGUAAGAUGAUAAAGAUCUCCCUCAUAUCGCUCCCGAGCGUAGUAGAGGUGCGGCAGUCGCAGCUGCGAGGAGGUCGGUGCCCUGCGGAGGGAACCUGAUAGAUUGACCGAGUGACCUGGUAACUAGCUAAUUUGCGCUUGAGGUUCCUGGUAACAGACUACGUUAGCUGACUAGCCUCUGGUCUUUUGCUAUGGCUGGACUUUUGUGGGCUAGGUCAGCGGGGGCGCAGUCGUACUGGCACGGUCCAGAGGUGGCCCUGGGUCUGUUUUAGUUCCUCUGUUAUCCAGCAGGUGCGGGCGUGUAGGCGGUAGGUUAACAAAAAAGUAGCAGCAUCAUCAGAGAUGCACGCACGACAUGAGAAAUGCUCUACUAAGAGUUCAUCUUCAGGCACCAAAACUGAUGUCAAACCUUCUCGAUGCUCGUCGACAAUCAGAAUCAUUUAUAAGUCCCUCGAUCACCAAGAUAAUGCUACCUAACCAUGCCAGCUGCCAAAUGCAAAUACCUACCUGAAUAUCGCACAGAUUUCAGUGUGCUCUGGUGAUGUUGCUUUGGACUCUUGACUUUGCUUAGAUUCGAAAAAGGGAUUUUCGAAAAUCCCGCAUGAUGAU